AUGAUUUUAAGUAAAGAAUAUCUAAGCAGAAACUACAUUAAACUAAUAGUACCCAUAGUUAUAUUCCUUGGAAUGGGAUAUUUCAACUAUGUGGUUAAUUAUUCAUUAGGUUAUAAACUUAUUUAUAAAAAUCAUUCUCAUGCAUCUGGAAUUAUAUUAUGGAUACUUAUGGGAUUAUUACAAUUAUCAUUAUAUAUCUAUUGGAUAUUAAUAUUUAUUAUUGGACCUGGAAAAUCACCAAUUUUCCCACCUUUAAAUAUAUAUAAUGAAGAAAAUAAUGAAAAUUUAAUAUCAUUACCUGAUUUAUUCUUUUGUGAUAAACAAGGAUUUCCUUAUUAUUGUUCAAAUUCAAAUUCAAUUAAAUUAGAAAGAAGUUUUUAUUCAAAAGAUAUUGGUUAUAAUGUACUUAAAUUUGAUCAUUAUUGUAUUUGGAUAGGACAUCCAAUUGGACAAAAUAAUUAUUUAUUUUUCAUAAAAUUUACCAUUUAUUAUUUAUUAAUAUUUAUAAUAUCUUUAAUUUAUCUUGCUAUUUAUACUAAAGAUUCAAUAAAUCAAGGAGAAAUAGAUCAUAAUUUUAUUGUAUUGUAUAUAUUUUGUGGAUUUUGGAUAUUAAUGAUUGGUGGAUUAUUAGGUGUUCAUUUAAGAUAUAUUUGUUUAAAUUUAACUACUUUAGAUGAUAUUACUAGAAAUCAAAGAAAAAGAUAUAGUCGUUGGUUAGAAUCUCAACAAAAUCCUAAAAAAUCUUCAAUGUUGAAUGAUAAAGUGGAACCAAGAAGAGAAUUGGGUAUAAGAUAUGUUAAUAUUAAACAUGAGAAUAAUUCUAGAGUUGUCAUAACUUAUUAUAUUGAUAAUAUUAAUCCAUUCAAUAUGGGUAUUAGAAAUAACUGGAUUAAUUUAGUAUUCAAUGGGAAUAGAAAUCAUGGUCUUGAUAAUCUGUAUUAUACUAAUAUUAGGUUUAUUUAUUCAAUUCUUUAUCUAUUGAUUCCAUUCAUUGAUAUACCGAUUUGUUUCAAGAAUAGGCACCCGUUUAAAGAAGAUAUAGAACUGGGGGAUAUUGUUGAUUCGAAUAAAUUACUUGAGAUUUAUAAUACUUAUUCAAGUAAAGUUAAUGAUGAAUUUUAUGAAAUGAUUAAAUUAAAAAUAUCUAAUGGUGAUUUCACAACUCCUGUAUAUCUACAACAUCAGAAAUAG